AUGUACUAUAAAUUGUGUAUGGAUAACGAAAAACAGUCAGUUCCCUCGAACUGUUCCCAGUAUGAAAUAUGUAUUGACGGCGCUUGGACUCGGCUAAGCUGCGCGAGCGAACGUUACUACAAUCCCGAGCAACGCAAGUGCAUGGAGCCACGUGAUGACACCAUUUGCGCCUAUGCCCGUGUCAAGAACCUACCUAUCUGUAGUGCAUCAAUGGAGCAACGCACGGUGCCUGUAAAGGAGCCAAAUUGUGGCCAAUACUAUCGCUGCAACCAUGGAAAGUGGCGUUUGAAAACCUGUCCCAAGCACUAUUUCUAUUCUAAACGCUUGAAAACAUGCAUUCCAAGUACACAUGACGAUGCCUGUGCGGCGCGAAAUGCAACUGGGAUCGAUGAUGAGACGAAACCUAAUUCAAGUAUGGCUUCCUCUAAGUGCCGACACAUGGAAGUGCGUCGCUAUGAGCAAAACUGCGCGAUGUAUCUUAUGUGUAUGGAAGGCAAAUGGUGGCACCAGUACUGUCCGCUUGGCAUGUACUACAACCACACAUACAACUAUUGUAUGCCCAAUAAAAACGGACAGUGCGCUACUUCGUUCGAUACGAGUAUACAAGAUAAAUCUUCCAUGCAGGCUUGCGACCACAAAGGUGCCGUUCGUCCUUCAGCUCUUUCUUGUGAUCGAUACUUUGAGUGCCAAGCAGGCUAUUGGGAAUUGAGAAAUUGUGGAACUCAUCAAUAUUUCAAUGCCACUGAGAGGGCGUGCCUAUCCGAUAAAGAAGGUUUUUGCGCACAAUUUCAUAAAGCUCAAUGCGACGAGGGUGAGAAACGCGACUUUCCACUCAAUUGCACAGCCUAUGAGAUUUGUAUGCGCGGCACAUGGAUCCGAGCGAGUUGCAAUCAGUCAUGGAUUUUUGAUAACACAUUGCGUAUGUGCAUACCCAACGACGGAAGCUGCGCUGAGAAUGGUCUUCGCAAAGUAUGUGGCGUUGGAGAGACAAAGGCGCAUCCUUUACCUGAGAAUUGCACUCAAUUUUAUUACUGUCUGAAAGACAGCUGGUAUGAGGGCACUUGCUUGAAAGGUCAUACCUUUAUAAAGCUCACAAGAGAGUGUGCGCCACAUGAUGCAUAUGACAAAUGUCAACCGCUAUCUGUAGAAGGAAGUGAAAAUAUUACAACGAGUGCAUAUUUAAAUGGUCAAAAGCAAAUUGAAAGCAACCGCAGCGCCCUCUGCCUUGGUCGAGCAGAUGGAAGUGCUGUGCCGCAUCCAUAUAGUUGCCUACAUUUUUUUAUUUGUAUCUCAGAGUUGGCGGAAAAUGAACAGAAGUGUGUGCGUGGAAGCUUUUUCGAUGAUAGACUUGGCUACUGUCGCCCGAACGACGGUAACUGUGUGGUGCCUCUAAGUGGCGUAUGUGCGAGUGCUACCGAUGGAGGAUAUGUAGCGGAUCCGGAAGAUUGCCAAGCCUACUACCACUGUUCUACUCUGAAUGGCACCGAGCGGUUAAAAUGUGCCGAAGGAGAGUAUUAUCACAAUGUCACGAGUCAGUGUCAGAUAGACCGCGGUCAGUGCCGGUUCAGAUCAGAAGAGCUUAGAAAAUGUGCCGGAGCAGAGCAUGGAAAACGUUUGCCCCAUGAACGUUACUGCAAUUUAUAUUAUGCCUGCGUAAGAGGGUUGGCCAUUCCAGUGGCGUGCCCUGCGGGGCAACAGUUUAGUGCGGCUCUUGGAAGCUGUGUGUUGGAUGAAAUGCACCAGUGUGAAAAUGGCACACUGUCGGAGGCUUCCAAAAAUGUCACAACAAACCACAUCUGUGGCAACCUUGCGGAUGGCAUUCAUCUGCCUAAUACCGCAGAUUGCACUAAAUAUUAUGUCUGUUUAGGCGGUGUGCCAUUAACGAAAAAUUGUCCAAAGGAUGCGUUCUUCGACUUUGAGCAAGAGCUUUGCGUGCCAGACGAUGGUUCGUGUCCAUAUGUGGAAAAUAAUCAAUCGAAUCACCAGCCUGAACCACCACAACCCGCCGAUUGUGAAGGAAAGCAUGGCUCCAUGAUCUCUGAUCCGGCCAACUGUAAUGAGUUUUACGUUUGCAUUAAUGGAAAGCUGCGACAUGAGCGAUGUUUUACCAACUUUUACUUCAAUGCUUCGCUACGUCAAUGCCAGCCCUAUGAGCUGGAUAUUGAAAAUACAACAAAUGCGGAUGCAGCAAGUCAAAUGAAGGUAAUGCUGAAUGCAUUACAUUGCAGUAAUAAGCCCACAAACUAUACUCAGUUAUGCACGCAAAUACCCCAAGGCACUUCCAUUGCUGAGCAGGACGACUGCAGGCGCUAUAUUAAUUGCAAUGACGCUGGCGAGCCAGUGUCUCAGCGCUGUCGCAAUGGAGAGAGCUAUGAUAGCUUACUGGGCUUUUGCCGUCAAAAUGAUGGCACUUGCUUGCUGGAGAAUGGACAACGUGUAGGCGAAUGCAACGGUCGUCAUGGGCAAUUGGUGCGUGACGCCGACAGCUGCCGUGGCUACUUCGUCUGCAUCAAUGGUCAGAAGAUUGCCAAGAAAUGUGAAGAAAAAGAGUACUUCGAUAAGAUGCUAUCCACAUGUGCCGAGGAUGUGAAUAAUCAGUGCGGUACAGUCGCGGAACAGUCAACCGAAUCGCAAAUUAUGUCGUGCUCAGGUCUCAGCGAUACUACACUUUAUCCAUAUACAGCCGACAACUGCCGAUCUUAUUUCCAAUGUGCGAAUGGGAAACCAACGGUGCAUGAAUGUGCCGAUGGUCUGUUCUUCAAUGCAUCUAUAGGACGUUGUGUAAAGGACAUUACAGAAUGCGCUUUGCCCGCAGUAACUGUGAAGCGCGCACCUGAAGUAGUGAGCUUUGAAGAGAAUAUUUGUGAAAAGGCAGUACCAGGACAACGCUAUGCGAACAUAGGCGAUCUUUGUCGUUCCUUUUAUGUUUGCUUAGAAGAUGGCACCGUAGCUUAUACCACCUGUCCCCUAGAUGAGCUAUACAACAGUGAGAGUGGUACUUGUGAGGUUGCAAGAGAUGUUAUUUGCAAAAUUUAGUCAACGAUAUAAACUAUUAGUUCAACUUAUA